UCAGCGGAUCCUGAUCGACGGGAAACAGAAGAAAUCUGAACAUGUUAUGAAAUCCAGAUAUAUUUGUGAAGUGAUGAGUGGACAGUUUGAUGGGACGACGGAUGACAGAAGACGGACUGUUUGCGCAGAGACUCAGACGAGGUGAGACAGUUGGACCUGAGCUGAGACUGUGGACUGUGAGACUCAGUGUCCUCAUCCUAAGGGACAGCAGAGAGACUCGUCACCAAGAUGUCAUACUGUGAGAAAGAGGACGACAACACCGCACUCUGGAUCAAAGACUCUCCUUCUGUCUUCCUCUCAGGAGUGUCCAGGUUCAGACGCUGGUUGUUUCCUGCUCUGACGGCGACCGUCAUCGUGAUUUUAAUCAUCGCACUGGGAGCCAGCAAUGUGAAGACGUCGAAUCGUCUGUGGUCUGUGGAGCAGAGUGUUUCCAACCUGAGUGAAGUCAUCCAAUCACUGAACGCGUCCCUGCAGCACGCUGAAGAAACUGCCAAACGAGUUCAGCGGCUGCAGUUUGCUGUGGAGAACAACAAGGACCAGCUGACCUCAGUGUCGGAGGCCCUGAAGCAGCUGUCAGUCGUGGAUUCUCUCCAAAGGAGCGUCGCUUCCCUCAAAUGUUCCCUCGAACGCAUCAUCAACAACAGCUCGGUCAGUGAAGGCUGCUGUCCGUUGGGUUGGGAUCAGUUCCACUUCAGCUGUUACUUCUUCAGCGGUUCGUCCCUGUCCUGGAACGAGUCCAGAGUCUGGUGUGAGACACACGGAGGUCACCUGGUCAUCCUCCACAGCGACGAGGCGUGGGACUUUGUGACGAGUCGCACGAUGCCUGUGUUAUUCUGGGUCGGUCUGUCCGACUGGAGGACCGGGCGGUGGGAGUGGAUCAACCAGACGCCGUACACGAUGGAGCGCAGGCGCUGGGUUCCCGGGCAGCCCGACAGCUGGAGCGGUCACGGUCUUGGUCACGGCGAUGAAGACUGCGCUCACCUGCACUCGAAUGGACGCCUGAAUGACCUGCACUGCUCCACCAGGCUGCGCUACGUCUGCCAGAGACACAGCAUGAGGGCCUGAACCGUCCCGCCGCAGCCGUGACCCGAACACACCUGAGCCACACCUGAGCCUCCGCUGACAGGAAGUGACGAGCUGUACACCUGAUGCAAUGAAACAUGAUGGGUCCAUCCCUGAGAAAAGAUAAAAAUAAAUGUUUGCCGUGCAAGAAAUGA